GUCAAAACCGGGAGAGUGCUGCAGUCUCGCGGACCGGACGCGAACUCUCCUGAAGCCGCCCGAUCCAACCCAAACCAAACUGCCGAAAGGAGCAAAGGCGAUUCCCCGCCGCCUCGGGCCCCGCGGCUAGCGCGAGAGAUGGAGGAGACGGCGGCGGCGGCGGCGGCGGUGGAGCCUGCGGCGGAGAAGGCGACGUCGUACAGGUACUGGGUGCGGGAGUCGACGGGCGACGCCGCGCCGCUGCCCGCGCCCCGCAAGCUCGACGCCGCCGACCUCGCGGCAAACCCCGCGCCCACCACCCUCGGCUCCGUCUGGAACCAGGCUGGCACCUGGGAGGAGAAGAACCUGAAUUCAUGGGCCAAUAGUAGGAUAAAGGAUUUGUUGGGGUCUUUAGAUCCUCUGGAAUUCUCUACUGGCAAGGCCUCUGUUUAUGAAGUAUCCAGAUGCUCAGGCGAUGCAUUCUUAGUCACGGUUCGCAAUAAGAAGAGAGUGGGCUAUACUUAUGAACUGAGCUUGAAAUUCAAAGGUGAAUGGUUAAUUAAGGAAGAAAACAAGAAGGUCAAAGGUCAUCUGGAGAUUCCUGAGUUUUCAUUUGGCGAGCUUGAAGACUUGGAGGUAAAUGUAAGGUUCGGCGAUGAGAAGGAUCUCUCUUCUGAUGACAAAGCGCAAAUUUGCAAGGACAUGAAGUCCUUCCUUGCACCUAUUCAGGGGAAGCUGCGCGAGUUCGAGAAGGAGCUGAAAGAAAGAUAGCGAGCUAGGUACAAGGAGCAGGGACACCUAUUCAUGUUAAUGUUUGACCGCAUUGGAGUACCAAGAUCUACAGUGUGCGUUUAGCAUUGUCGAUCUGUACGUCGUUUAGGGCUGUGUUUGUACUGCUGUUGAGCUUCAGAUGCAUGCGAACACGAACUGUGUAUGCCUGGUUUUUUUGUUUUCAGAGCGAAACCAAGUUAUGUGAGUGGAAGAAGUGCAGGACUGAACGACCUGCAUCCCUGUUUGGUGUCCAAUCAAUUAAGCCAUGAAUCCCUUUAUGCAA